AUGAAAGAGAAGUCCAAAAAUGCUGCCCGGACUAGACGGGAGAAGGAAAACAGUGAAUUUUAUGAACUGGCGAAAUUACUACCCCUGCCCUCUGCUAUCACCUCUCAGCUGGACAAAGCAUCCAUAAUCAGACUCACCACCAGCUAUUUAAAAAUGAGGGUGGUUUUUCCAGAAGGACUUGGAGAAGCCUGGGGCCACUCUAGCCGAACCAGCCCACUGGAUAAUGUUGGACGGGAACUGGGAUCCCAUCUUUUGCAGACGUUGGACGGUUUCAUAUUUGUCGUGGCUCCGGAUGGCAAGAUCAUGUACAUCUCGGAGACCGCUUCGGUGCACCUGGGCUUGUCGCAGGUAGAGCUGACCGGCAAUAGCAUUUACGAGUACAUCCACCCCGCCGACCACGAUGAAAUGACGGCGGUGCUCACGGCCCACCAGCCCUACCACUCGCACUUCGUGCAGGAGUACGAGAUCGAGAGGUCCUUUUUCCUGAGGAUGAAGUGCGUCCUGGCCAAGAGGAACGCGGGCCUGACCUGUGGGGGCUACAAGGUCAUUCACUGCAGCGGGUACCUGAAGAUCCGCCAAUACAGCCUGGACAUGUCCCCCUUCGACGGCUGCUACCAAAACGUUGGCUUGGUCGCCGUGGGCCACUCGCUGCCGCCCAGCGCCGUGACGGAGAUCAAGCUCCACAGCAAUAUGUUCAUGUUCCGGGCCAGCCUAGACAUGAAGCUCAUAUUCUUAGAUUCCAGGGUAGCUGAGCUAACAGGUUACGAGCCCCAGGACUUGAUAGAGAAGACCCUUUACCACCACGUCCAUGGCUGUGACACCUUCCACCUGCGAUGCGCUCAUCACUUGUUGCUGGUGAAAGGGCAAGUGACCACCAAGUACUACCGCUUCCUGGCCAAACACGGUGGCUGGGUGUGGGUGCAGAGCUACGCCACCAUCGUGCACAACAGCCGCUCCUCCCGCCCGCACUGCAUCGUCAGCGUCAACUACGUUUCCACGGAUACUGAAUAUAAAGGACUACAGCUCUCCUUGGAUCAGGUCACUGCUACCAAGCCGGCAUUCUCAUACGCAAAUUCAACUCCGACCAUAACGGAUAAUAGAAAGGGAAGCAAAUCUCGCCUCUCGAGCACAAAGUCAAAAUCAAGGACAUCACCAUACCCACAGUAUUCUGGAUUUCACACCGAGAGAUCCGAGUCUGACCACGAGAGCCAGUGGGGCGGGAGCCCCCUGACCGAUACGGCUUCUCCCCAGCUACUGGAGCCCACGGACAGACCGAGCUCCCAGCACCACGAUGUCUCCUGUGCCUACAGACAGUACUCGGACCGCAGUGCUCUCUGCUACGGUUUUACGCUCGACCACUCCAGGCUGACCGAUGAUAGACAUUUCCAUACUCAGGCCUGUGAAGGAGGCAGAUGUGAAGCUGGCCGGUAUUUCCUUGGCACGCCGCAGCCGGGAAGGGAGAGCUGGUGGGGUUCUCGUUCAGCAUUGCCCCUGACUAAGUCGUCCCCUGAGAGCAGAGAAGCGUAUGAAAACAGUAUGCCCCACAUAACUUCAGUGCAUAGGAUUCAUGGGAGAGGACACUGGGAUGAGGACAGUGUUGUCAGCUCACCUGAUCCUGGCUCUGCCAGUGAAUCAGGCGACCGAUACCGUCCUGAGCAAUAUCAGAGCAGUCCGCAUGAGCCCAGCAAAAUUGAAACUCUAAUAAGAGCCACCCAGCAAAUGAUUAAAGAGGAAGAAAACAGACUCCAGCUGCGGAAAACAACUCCUGAUCCACUGGUCUCCAUUAAUGGCACAGGGAAGAAGCACGCUAUCUGUUUUGCAAACUACCCUCAGCAGCAGUUGGCAGGGGAUGUCUGCCGUGUCCCAACGGUUGCCAACACUCCUCCCUGUGAACACAUCCAGCAACGAGAUGGAAAGAUUAUGAGCCCACAUGAAAAUGACUAUGACAACAGCCCCACAACACUGUCUAGGAUAAGCAGCCCCAAUUCUGACCGAAUAUCAAAAUCCAGCUUGGUACUAGCUAAAGACUACCUGCAUUCAGAUAUGUCCCCCCAUCAAACCCCAGGGGACCACCCAGCAGCCUCUCCAAAUUAUUACAGCUCCCACAGGCAGUACUUUGAUAAGCAUGCUUACACAUUAACUGGGUAUGCCCUGGAGCAUCUAUAUGACACCGAAACCAUUAGAAACUAUUCACUAGGCUGUAAUGGAUCACACUUUGAUGUGACUUCUCACUUAAGGAUGCAGCAAGAUCCAGCACAAGGACACAAGGGGACAUCCGUUAUAAUAACCAAUGGAAGCUGA